AAUUCAUUUGGCAUUUUCGCUUUUUCUCUCUGUUCUUCUUCUCCGCUUUCUUCUCCUGUACGUUUUUGUUUUCUCUCUCUUAGGGUUUUGCAGUGAAACAAUGGCUGAAGAGGCACAUAAUGGAGGAGGAGCUGAGAAGGAAGCAACUAAGGUUGCCGUCGUCUUCACGGCGGUAAAGCCGCAGCUGUUCGUGAAAGCGCCGAAGGCUAAAGAUGCUGUUCAGUUCUACAAAAAUGCUUUUGGUGCUGAGGAGGUUGGACGUGUGAACAACCCUAAGAGGAAGGCCGAGCAGGAGACACCGCUCAUUCUCUCUGUUGAACUUAAGAUUGGUUCAUUUUUCUUCAUUGUCUCUGACCUUACUGAAGAGGACUCUACUGCUCCUGUGAAAACUACAACUGGAUCUGUUUUCUGCUUGGAGACUGAGAAAGUUAUUUCUGCUGAGGCCAAGGCUAUCACUGCUGGCGCAAUCGCUGAGAUUAGAGCAAAAGAUGGUGAUGCUGAUGGUGCUCGUAUAGGGUCAAAGCUGAUUGAUCCUUAUGGCAAUGUCUGGUUGAUCUGCCCACCAGUGAAGGAAUCCGAGUAAUUGCUGAAGUCCAUUAACACCUCUUGUUCAGUUGCUUUUGUGUUUUUACUGCUUUCAAUUAAAUUCCGGUUUUGUAUACCGAAGAUGAAACUUUCAUAUUAACACUCUAGUUAGGUGUUAUGGGGUUAACUUUUUUGGGGUAUCGAUGCCCAUUGUUGAUUUUGAGCAGUGAGAACUUUUGUCUGUAGUUAAUCUGACACCGCCUUCCUUUCUAGUAGAUGAUGAAUUCUGCUUAUUAUUGCUC